GAGCAACACAACAAACUUUGGAUUCAGUUUGUAUACCCGUAUAUAAAGGCAUUUAUAACAACUAAAUUGACUGCUUGGUCACUUUAAGGAGCGUCAGUUCAAACACAGGUUUUUAUUGACAGAAAUGCCGAAGAAAUUUAAAGGGGAAAAUUCCAAGGCUGUUGAAGCAAGAGCAAGGAAAGCAGCUGUUGUACAUGCAGAGAAAGAAAAAAGGGAUAAAGCAUUGGAAGAUGAAUAUUGGAGAGAUGACGACAAGCAUAAUGCAAAAAAAAUGCAACGGAAGGAUGAUAAAGAAAAGAAAAGGAUGGAACAAUUGGAAAGGAAAAAAGAGCUACAGAAGUUACAUGAUGAGGAAAUGGAUGGUAUUAAGUCCAAGGCUAGCUCAGGAGGUAGUGCCAAGGUUACAAGGUCUCAGAUAGAAAACCAGAUGACAAAGGAAAGGAAAGCAGCUGAAGCUGCAGCAAAAAAAGCUGAUGCCUUGCCAGAGGAGAUGCCGAUUGAAGAAAAUGUGAACAGACUUAUUCCAACAGAAGGAGAAGCUCGCAGUGUAGAAGAUGCUCUGGCAGUACUCAGUGUGAAAGAACCAGAAAUUGAUAUGCACCCAGAGAAGAGGGUUAAAGCUGCCUACCAGAAAUAUGAGGAUGAACGUUUACCACAACUCAAAAAAGAAAACCCGAACUUAAGACUUUCACAAUUAAAACAGAUGUUACGGAAAGAUUGGAUGAAAUCUCCUGAAAACCCAUUGAAUCAAAGGCUUAUGAAAUCAUAGUAAAGAUUAUAUAAUACAUAAAAUUGGUUCGAUCUGAUUGCAUUAAGUUAUUAAUGAUUCUGGAGGUACUGCAUAUAUUACUCAGUAAGUCAAUGCCUGUUAAUAAGCCCACACAUUACUUGCUAUUGUGACAGUAAAAUUAUAGAUAAAUGCUAUUUGAUCAUCCUGUGAUAAGUCUACAUACUGACAUUUUGGUGAGAAUUGAUGUGUUGGGUCAUUGGGCUUUUGUCAGGAGAAAUACAGUAACUCGGGUUAUCAUCCAAUAUCUGAUUGCAGAACUAAGACACAUAUGGUCAGUCCUCACUUUAUCUGAUAAGGUCUAUUAUAUCCAGGUAGGUCAGAUUUGUGCUGAGGUAGUACUCGAACACAAAUUAACUGCAACAGAACCCAACUUCAAAAAAGCUAUGACAUGAUAUAUAGACACAAUGUUUUCUUAGUGAAAGCAUUUAUUCUAGAUGGCUGUCCUUUCAAAAAAACUUGAAAGUUAUAAGGUCAAACUACAUGUACCAUUAUACAAAUUAUCAUGCUGCUUGCUAAAUGCUUUUUGGUCAACAUUUUCCUGGUUGGUGUAUAUUUUCUGGAUAAUGCAUUUGAUGUUCUCUCUUAUGUAUUCAAGUAUAAUACAUGCUUUUUUUUUUUGUUUUCAUUCAUUGAACUUUGAAGUGCUUGUAUUUUUAUAUUAUGGUAUGUAUAGUUCUUUACAUUUCACUAUGAAAGUGUUAGAUCUGUUACAAUAUGUAUUAAAACUUUAGAUAUAAGAUAUAUAUUUAUAUCAGACAAUGUUGAUAUAUGUUUAAAAAAAAUAUUUAUAUGAAGGCUUCAUGAAGUCACUGUAAGUAGGAUCUGCCUUGUGGAGAGACAGAUCCAUAAAAAUAAUAGGGAUAUAUGUGUUUGCAAGGCAAUUAUUAGUGUAGAUUGUUGUAUGUGCUGUAAGAAUGAGGUAAUUUGGACAAUUUUUAGAAAUUUUAAUGAAUAAGCAUGAUGAUAGAAAAAAAGGGAUUUUUCUUGAAUAUGUACAUUAAGAAAUUUUAUCUACAUUUAUUGAGAAUAGAGAAUCUUUCACAUGUUACCAUUUGUAAGAGAUUAAUCAAACAAAUCUGAUAAUAACUUUUUCAUAUUAUCACUACUGAUGAGGAAAAUGAAAGAUUUAUGAUGAGUUUUAUAAUUCUCAUUGGAAAUGAAUGUGGAAUUCUGUUUAUCUUCUAUCUUUAAUGCUUGUACAGACAUUCAUGGGAAUAAUGCUACAUAUUUCACUAGAGUGAUACAAAAUCUAAAUCCAUGAUAUUUUCACUGUUUUGUGACGUCACAAUGUGUAUGGCACCAUGAAGUUUGUUAAUCUUCAAUCAUAACUUAUUUCUUGUUCAGGAAUUUUACCAAUCAGAGAGAUGUGAAAUUUUCUUAUAGUUAACCAUAACUUGAGUAUCAUUAACUGGUUUCCACACUGUAUGAAUGAAGGAAUAAUGCAAUGCUAUGUUAAGUAAAAAUGUACUUAGAUUUUUAUCCUCCUCCUCUCUCUCUCACCUCUCUCGCUUAGAUAAAGGUAUAAAGAUAAUCACCUUUUUGUACUUUGUGUCAGUCUACGAAGAAGCAUAUUUGCAGAAUGGAAAGAGGUCAGGUGAUGUUACAUCCAAUUCGUGACACUCAUUUCAUUUAUUUACAUAAUUGACAAGAUAUGUUCAACCAACAUGGUGGCUUGUAACAAAUGAUGAUUUGGAAUGUUUGUCUUUGUGUUCAAAAUAUUUCGUACAAGUGAAAGCAACUAUUUAGUAUUCAUUGAUUUGCUUUUUUGUACAUUUGUGUUUGUGGUACAACAUGCAUAAAAUUGCUAACAUGAUUAACAUUAUUAAAUAUCCAGGUAGAUAUUUGAAUUUCAUGUACUCCUUUUCAAAAAUGUUUUUUGUCAAUUAUGUUAGUAAGAUAAAAGUUAUGUUAGAGACUUGCACAGUCAUAUACUGAUAGUGGGUGCCUGGUAGAAACAACCACAUACAUGUAAGGUAAUAAAUCGGCUGACCAUGACCAACAGCCACUUAUACUUUAUAGGAGUUGCUAAGAAUCAAAAUUUUAUUCUGAACAUCAGUUAUCCCCCUUUCAGAGAGAAUGAUAUGUGAAUUAAUCAGAUACUAUGAAUGGAAUUAUAAUAAGACAAUUUAGUCUUUAGGUACUUCUGACAAUGUGUACAUUUGACAGCAUAUAUUAGAUGUGUAUUUUGUCACCUGUUCAAGUAUCAUAAGUGGAUUAAAAAUUUUUUUUAGAAAAUGUCAGACGCUCUUAUUCUUAUGGAAGUUAGAGAUAAUGCCAAACUAUUUAAAAUGUAGACCCCACGCUGCCAUUUACAGUAAUUGCUAAAUAUACUUUAAGGAACAUUUAUUUUUGUUAUAUGAUUUGUUAUUAGCAUUAUGAUACCUGGGUAAUGUUUAAUAAAACCCAUUCACCUAUA